ACCGUUUCAAUGUCAGCUUCAGGCGACCAAGUGUGGGUCGUCUUCAGGAGGAGGUCUCUUCUCUCCUGCUGCGUCCCCUUCACCGACGGUGAUGAGGUCGACGUAAAGGUUGAGAGAAGAUCGUUGUUGCGGAGGAGGCUCACUUCAGCUGGGCACAGCAUCAGAAAGUGUUGGCGCCCAUUUGUAAGUUGCUUUCCCAAGCUUCAGGUUUUGAUUGUGUGCAGAAAGUGUGGGAACCACGGUCUACUAAGAAGAAGACACCUGCUGAAAGAAUUAAGCAAGGCUUCAAGACAUUCAAAAGUGUAUAUCACAACAAUUUUCAGAAGGAAUCCAGGCUUCUAUCAGAAUCUAGCAGCUGGACAACAUCCCAAGUUCAUGGUUAUUGCAUGCUCCGACUCAAGAGUGUGUCCCACGACGAUUCUGAACUUUCGACCAGGAGAAGCAUUUGUUGUUCGGAACAUUGCCAACAUGGUGCCUCCACCGGAACAGGCUGGUUAUCCUGGAACGAGUGCAGCUCUCGAGUAUGCAGUAAGAGUUCUCAAGGUUGAGAACAUUCUGGUGAUUGGGCAUAGCAGAUGCGGAGGUAUAGACGCCCUCAUGACUUUGAAAGAGAACACAAAGAGAUGGAGGUUCAUUGAUAACUGGGUAAAAAUCGGUAUUCCGGCUCGAGCUGCGGUCUUAGAAGCAACUCGGAGGAAUCCGUCAUUACAGCACAAGUGCAGGACAUGCGAGAGGACUUCUGUGAACGGUUCACUGGUAAAUCUUCUGCGUUUCUCAUUCGUCAAGGAAGCAGUAAGCAGUGCCAAGCUCCAACUCCACGGUGGUUACUACAACUUGGCUGAAGGCUCUUUCGAGUACUGGAAAUUUGGAGCUGAUGGAAAGUCGGGCAAAGUGUUGAAGUUUUAGAAUCCAGAUGUUGUAAAGAGGUUGAGAAAAAUAAAGAUGAAUCAGGUUGAUGAAGCUGUCGACCUUCACGACGCAACCCAUCACAUUUUAAUUUGAUUGCCGCGCUUUGCAUUCUUAGAAGUUUGCUUUUCCUAAUCCAUAUGGAACGGCAUCGGCGCAACCAUGUUGCAGCUCCUCCUGCCAAAUCUCCAAAGCUCGGGUUGAUUGCCCUCGCGGCCGUACUCUUCCCGUACUUGUCAGUUCUCACUUUGCAUUGUCAUGGCGUGCCUGUUCUUCGUGGGAAAAAAAAAAAAAGGGUCGGAUGGAGACGAUGAAAGAUAGAGAGCCGAUCGAAUUUUUAUGAGCCCACCCAAAAACCAAUGAAGAGAAUUUCUUCUUUCCAUUCCCUGUGCGCUUGGACUUACCCAAGUGAUGCGUUUUGUCCCAAUCUCUGG